AUGCCCAUCCUGAAGAGCCCAGGGGUGCCAGACCCCAAGGCGUCCCGGGCAGGGACGCUGCCCCUCCGCUCUUCUCGGAACCCCUUCGAUGAGCCGGGGCUGGAAGACGCCGCAGGGGAGCCAGGGAGCCUGCCUAAUGGGACGUCCUGUCGCCGCCGUGCCACCCUGGAGAAGCUGGCAGGCCUGGCCCCCUUCCGGCUGGGCUGGACCCCGGGCCGCCGGGUGGGCAGCCCCGGGGAUGGGCAACCCCGCUCCUUUCUGGGCCGGGUGCUGGCACCGGGGCUGCGCAGGAGCUCUGCCGACUUUGGGCUCCUGGCGCGGCUUCAGGGCAGCCGCGGUCAGGCCGGUGAGGAGGAGGCGGCCCGCAGGCUGGCCUUUCUGCGCUUGGGCCGGGGACCCAAGCCCCGGCGCGCGUCCUUGGCCGAGAGGGUGGUGCCUGCGGGCGAGGCGGCUCCGGAGCCCCCGCCCAAGGUCCCCGAGCCCCCCAAGAUGAAGGAGCCGCUGUCAGUGCUGGAGAUCCUGAGCCUGAUCCAGCAGCGCGAGCUGGCUCGCGCGGACGAGCACAUCUUGGAGCUAGAGGCCGAGGAACUGGCGUCGUCCGGGGGCGGCGCCCCGGGGCCACCGAAUGCCCAGGGCGCAGGAGGAGGGCGCCGCGCGCGGGACGUGGCGCUGCUCUAUGAGGCCCUGCAGCGCGAGCUGUGGGCGCUAGUGCGCGAGACCCUGGCUGGCCCCGGGCCCGGCGCGGGCGCCGGGGCGGGCAUCGUGGCACAGCUGGGUCAAGUGUUGGUGCAGGAGGAGGCGGCCGACGGACGCCGGGGACCCGGGGCUGCCCGCAAGCUGCGUGCCCGUUGGGCCGAGGCCGUGGCGCGCGCGGCGCGGGAGCGCCUGGAGGCGGCAGCGCCCGGGGCUCCCGGGGGUCUGGCCGCUCAGCUGGAGGCUCUGCGGGCACGGCUGCUGGAAGAUAUGGCCGUGGUGCGGGGUCGUCUGGCGCCCGCCUACCCCGCUGGCCUGGGCGCCUUCGGCGUCUACCUGCGCGGCUACCACGGCGCGCUCGCCGAGUGGUUGGGAGCGUCCGCCCGCCGGCGACUGCCACUGGCGGACCGCUAUGCGCUGCUGCACUGGCACAACCAGGUGUACCCCAGGGAGGUGUUGGGGCUGGUGGACAUGGUCGCCUUGGAGAACGGGGAACUGGGACCCCUUCUGUCUGCCAGCACCCUGAGGACCUUGGAGGAUGAAUGUGUCACAGACGUGAAGGCGCAGACGCGGGGUGCCCUCCUUCGGGCGCUUCAGGAAGAUGAGGAGCACUGGGCCAGCCCGGAGGACCCACCCUGCAGCCUGGCCCAGGACGUGUGCGAGCUGCUGGAGGAGCACACGGAGCGGGCACCCCGCAUCAGCCAGGAGUUUGGAGAGCGGAUGGCCCACUGCUGCUUGGGGGGGUUGGCUGAGUUCCUGCAGAGCUUCCAGCAAAGGGUGGAGCGAUUCCACGAGAACCCCGGAGUGCGGGAGCUGCCGGCCGACACCUACAUCAGCAGGACCAUUGCGCUUGUCAACUGUGGGCCGCCUCUAAGGGCUCUGGCGGAGCGCCUGGCCAGGGUGGGCCCCCCUGAGAGUGAGCCAGCCCGGGAAGCCUCGGUCAGUGCCUUGGACCGCGUGACCCGGCUGUGCCACCGGGUCCUGGCUGACCUGCUGUUCCAGGAGCUGCAGCCGCACUUCAGCAAGCUCAUGCGCAGGAAGUGGCUGAGCAGCUCUGAAGCCCUGGACGGCGUGGUGAGCACGCUGGGCGCGCAAGCCUUGGCGCUGCGCCGCAUGCAAGACGAGCCCUACCAGGCCCUGGUGGCCGAGCUGCACCGGCGCGCGCUGGUCGAGUACGUGCGGCCCCUGCUCCGUGGCCGCCUGCGCUGCCACUCGGCGCGGACCCGCAGCCGUGUGGCCGGGAGGCUCCGGGAGGACGCGGCGCAGCUGCAGAGGCUGUUCCGGCGCCUGGAGUCCCAAGCCUUGUGGCUGGACGCCGUGGUGCCCCACUUGGCCGAGGUCCUGCAGCUGGAAGAUACACCCAGCAUCCAGGUGGAGGUGGGGGUGCUGGUGCGCGACUACCCCGACAUCAGGCGAAAGCAUGUGGCAGCCCUGCUGGACAUCCGCGGCCUGCGCAGCACUGCCGCCCGCCAGGAGAUCCUGGCCGUGGCCCGGGACCUGGAGCUCUCCGAAGGGGCUGCCCUGGCCCCGCCGCGGGACCGUGCCUUCUUUGCCGACAUCCCAGUGCCCCGUCCGUCCUUCUGCCUUGGUCUCCCCUUCCUUCUGGGCCGCCUGCCCCUCACUCGGCUGUCGCGGCCCAGCUUGGCCUGCCUGCCGCGGCGGCCCCGGGCCCAGCACUGAGGCGUCCCUGCUGUGCCCUCAAGCAGGGACACAGCCCUGCUGCCCAAGGCCGCCUUCCCAGC